GUUGAUUCAGUCCCAGAUGUAUCAUAUCUGUUGUAUUAUUGUGAUAGUUUGCCUGAUGUCAUUGAGGAUUUCAGUAUUAUAGAAUUUGAAGAUUAUGAGUUCCUUAUCAGGGAUGUAAUGUAUAAAGAUGCCUGUCAUAUUGGGUAUAUUAUUAUUUAG